UUAAUUACGCACAUGCACACGCACGCACUCACCCACGUGCAGAUUCACAAUCGAACACACAUAAUCCCUUAAUUGACGUAUCUCGUCGUUGUUCGUUUAGGGUCACAGCAAUGUAAACCAUGUGGCCUGCUGUGACGUCACAUACGUGACAUUGAUUCACAAAAAGAACGUUUUAAAACGUUUUCUCUGUGUUUUCGUUUUUAGUGCUUGCGCUUGUUAUGAAUGGGAGUUUUCAAUUCACUUCUUCACCACAUUUUGACCACGACAACAACAACAAAUAAGGCCAAGCGAUGGCUGAGAGCGUGAACUUGGAGUCGCUGUUGUCUGCAUUCAGUCGCUUCGCGGUCCACGGCGACGCGCACGCCAGCGGACGGGAACUGAACGGGAAGAACUGGGCCAAACUCUGCAAGGACUGCAAGAUCAUCGACGGCAAGAACGUCAGCGGAACCGACGUCGACAUCGUCUUCUCCAAAGUCAAGCAGAAGUCAUCCCGCGUGAUCAACUUUGAUGAGUUCCAGCAAGCUCUAAAGGAGUUAGCGCCUCAGAGGUUCAAAGGAAAAAGUCGCGAGGAGGCCAUCACGGCCAUCUACCAGCUGGCACAGGCCGCAGAGCCCAGCAAAGUCGGAGUCACGAAGUCCUUGAAGGCUGGCGCCGUUGACCGUCUGACGGACACGUCUUUGUACACGGGGUCGCACAAAGAACGCUUUGACGAGAGCGGACGAGGACGAGGACGCGAGGGACGAGAAGACAUCGUCAGCAACUCGGGAUACGUUGGCGCCUACAAGAGCGAAGGAACGUACGACGCCAAACUAAAGGCCGACAAAUGAGCGCAACACACGCACGCCGACAGGAAGUGGAGGCAGCCUUCAACUUUGACCCUCACCUGUCACUGUGUGCGUUACUUCCUGUCUGGUGACUAAAGGACAGGAAAUAUCAUUAAAUACUUCCUGUCGUUA